AUGCUGCUACGUCGAGCUCUUUUUUUGCCUCUGCAUCUUCGUUUCCAGCGUCGAUUUCUUGCAGAGACCUUGGACAAUGUCUUGGCAACAUCUCUGCGUGAUAUUGCGCGUUCGGGUGCUCGAGUCAUGGAGUUACAGCUACGGAAUUCCAAUGACUUGGUCUGUCACCAGCUCAUGUGUGAAUUUGUAGGUGACGCCUGUAUCUGUCGCUUAUCGCUCGCGCUGGAACGUGUUCCACGACUGCAACAUCUUGAUCUGUCCCAUAACCAGCUUCGUGCACUGCCUGAUGCCGUCUACACGCUUCAAAAUCUAAAGACUUUGAACGUCCAGGAAAAUCAAUUGACCAUCUUAUCGACGGACGUGGAAAAGCUCAUGGAACUAGAGACGUUGGAUGUUCAGUAUAAUAAAUUCAAGACAUUGCCAGUGAAGCAGCUUGAGACGUUAACAAAGCUCAAGACAUUGCGAGUUGUUGGGAAUUUCGAGCUGAUUGAACAGCUCGAGACGUUGAAAAUGUCGAAACAAUUGAAGGAGAAAAUUGUAGUCGAGUAA